CGGCCGCAGCAGGUUGGGCUGCGCGCGCAUAUAUAGGCCGGCGCCGGAGCACGCGUGUGUGCGGACGCCGCUGCGUGAGGGCAUUCCGCGUUCCCGCGCCCGGAGCCUCGCUCGUCGCUGCCCCGUUCAGCCGCGCAGGUCGACUUCGUCAAAGCGAUGGUGAUGGAGAAGCCGAGCCCCCUGCUGGUCGGGCGGGAGUUCGUGCGGCAGUACUACACGCUGCUCAACCAGGCCCCCGACAUGCUGCACCGGUUCUACGGGAAGAACUCCUCCUAUGUCCACGGGGGCCUGGACUCCAACGGGAAGCCCGCGGACGCCGUCUACGGCCAGAAGGAGAUCCAUAGGAAGGUGAUGUCCCAGAACUUCACUAACUGCCACACGAAGAUCCGCCACGUGGACGCGCACGCCACGCUGAACGACGGCGUGGUGGUGCAGGUGAUGGGGCUGCUGUCCAACAACAACCAGGCGCUGCGCCGCUUCAUGCAGACCUUUGUGCUGGCACCCGAGGGCUCCGUGGCCAACAAGUUCUACGUCCACAACGACAUCUUCAGGUACCAGGACGAGGUCUUCGGGGGCUUUGUCACGGAGCCGCAGGAGGAAUCCGAGGAGGAGGUGGAGGAGCCUGAGGAGAGACAGCAGACGCCCGAAGCUGUCCCCGAUGAUGCCGGAACGUUCUACGACCAGGCUGUCGGCAACGACCUGGAGGGGCACUUAGAGGGGCCUGGAGCGGAGCCCGAGCCGGACCCCGAGCCCGAGGUGGAGCCGGAGUCUGUGCCCGAGCCCCACGAGGAGAAGCCGGAGGCUGUCCUGGAAGAGGCCACGCCCGACGACGCCCAGAAGAGCCCCUCGCCGGCCCCCGCGGACCUGGGCCCCGCUGCCCAGGAGGACCUGCGGACCUUCUCCUGGGCCUCCGUGACCAGCAAGAACCUGCGUCCCAGCGGCGCCGUGCCGGUGACGGGCAUCCCGCCGCACGUGGUGCGGGUGCCGGCGCCCCAGCCGCGCCCCGAGUCGAAGCCCGAGUCGCAGGCCCCGGUGCAGAGGCCCCAGCGGGACCAGCGGGCGCGGGAGCCGCGGCUCAACCCACCGCCGCAGCGGGGACCCCGGCCCGUGCGCGAGCCCGCGGAGCCGGGGGACGCAGAGCCCCGGCGGAUGGUGCGGCACCCGGACAGCCACCAGCUCUUCAUCGGGAACCUGCCCCACGAGGUGGACAAGUCGGAGCUCAAGGACUUCUUCCAGACCUACGGCACGGUCCUGGAGCUGCGCAUCAACAGCGGUGGCAAGCUGCCCAACUUCGGCUUCGUGGUGUUCGAUGACGCCGAGCCCGUCCAGAAGGUCCUUAGCAACCGGCCCAUCAUGUUCCGCGGGGAGGUGCGCCUGAACGUGGAGGAGAAGAAGACGCGUGCCGCGCGCGAGGGGGACCGGCGUGACAGCCGCCUGCGCGGCCCCGGGGGCCCCCGCGGGGGGCUGGGCGCCGGCCUGCGAGGGCCGCCCCGGGGGGGCCUGGUGCCCAAGCCCGGCUUCGGGGUGGGCAGGGGCCUGGCCCCCCGGCAGUGAGCGGCGAGGCCGAGCCGCCCACCCUCCGCCCCGAGCCCUCACUUUGAUCUCACAGAACGUCUUUUAGGGAAACGGACUUUUCAGAAGAGAACAAGAGCGAGUCCCGCUUCGUGCCGCGCCCUGAGACCCCGGCGCCCCACCUUCAUUCGUUGGAAUAUUUCUCGUUUUCUGCAUUUUCAAAGCCUGUGAGGAGGGCAGGAUUUGGUCAGCGUUGUUGAAGGCAGGAAUAACCCAAUUUGUUUCUUUGCAAGCCGUGGCCAUCUGUGGGGUGGAGACGCCACCAGCCCAGCCUCCGGUGCUCUCUGCGGGGGGCGGAGAGCUGGACGGGGCACCCCGGGCCUCUCUGCUCCUGACCACAGGACGUUGGACAGCCCGUCCGCCACGGGGGCCCGGUUGUCGGACUGCUCGCGUGUCUGAGAACGAGGGACGUGCUUUCUCUGAACGCUUAGGUCCUGUUGGUAGUUUUUCCAUGUUUAGUUUGUAUUUGUAAAAAAACAAAAACAAAACAAAAAAAAACAACCCUGAUCCAAAUAACACAAACCCAGAGCAAAACUGUUGUGCCUUCUAUUUAUCUGGUUCCAGCCCUGGCAGUCGGUGAAAGGAAAUAAAAAGUACCUAGAUUUGUCUGAGGCUUAGCCUGUGCUGGGAAUGCCGCCGACUCCUCUUCCUCCUCUGCCCCUGGGGCCGGCCGGGCAGUGCCUGCGGGACGCCCGUGUCCAGCACUAGCAGGGCUGCGUGUGCGAGAUUCUGCCCGUGAACCAUCACCACGUGGUGAAUUUUCUAUUUUGUCAUAGUUCCCUCGGGUUGGUGGGCAUGCGGUGGGUGUUUCUUGCAAGUGGCCAGUUUUUAUUAAAUUGUUUCUGGAAGAA